ACGCGGUCACCACGCUGCACCGCCCCGCGACACCCGUGCUCGUUGCCGUGCCCGUGCUCCCUUCCUUCCUUCCUUUUCCCCCCUCUCCUCUUUUACACCGCCUCCCCCACCUUCUCCAUCCCCCCCGUCCCCCUCCCUCCCUCCCUCUCGCCACCCCCAGCACCAGAUCGACGAGGCGACGUGACGAGCCGGAGCAAUGGCGUCGGGCUACCGGGCGGAGGACGACUACGACUACCUCUUCAAGGUCGUCCUGAUCGGCGACUCCGGCGUCGGCAAGUCCAACCUGCUCUCCCGCUUCACGCGCAACGAGUUCAGCCUCGAGUCCAAGUCCACCAUCGGGGUCGAGUUCGCCACCCGCUCCCUCCAGGUCGACGGCAAGGUCGUCAAGGCCCAGAUUUGGGACACCGCCGGCCAAGAACGAUACCGUGCUAUUACUAGUGCAUAUUAUCGUGGUGCUGUUGGAGCGUUGCUCGUCUAUGAUGUCACUCGGCACGCAACCUUUGAGAAUGCUGAGCGCUGGUUGAAGGAAUUGAGGGACCAUACGGAUCCCAACAUAGUUGUUAUGCUUGUUGGCAACAAGUCUGAUCUCCGUCAUCUUGUAGCUGUCCAAACCGAUGAAGGGAAAGCAUUUGCUGAGAGGGAAUCACUUUAUUUCAUGGAGACCUCUGCGCUCGAGUCCACUAAUGUGGAAGACGCAUUUGCCGAGGUCUUGACUCAGAUUUACCGAAUUGUGAGCAAGAGGGCAGUUGAAGCAGGUGAGGACUCAGCUUCUGGUCCUGGUAAGGGUGAAAAGAUCAAUAUGAAGGAUGAUGUUUCGGCAGUGAAGAAGGGCGGCUGCUGCUCUAGCUGAGGCACGCUGUAUUUUUUGGGCUCGUGUGAUGUUAGCUUGUGCUAUCGCCUUUCCAGCGACCGGAAAUUAUUAGUAGCAGUAGCAACUAUUAUGUUACCUAGAGAAGUUUGUUGCUGAACCGAGAAGUUUGUCUAGAUCAGUUUAGACGUUUCUAUUGUUGUAUGGUCUCUGGGGCAAUCGGCAUGGUAUUAUUUUUCAUGUCAAUCUUAUGCAACCAUGUUUGAACUUCUCUUUACCUGCAAAAAGAAGCUGAACUUUUCAGCUAAAUUGAAAUA